CAAAGAAAAGUGCAAACUUGAAGGACUAUUUUUGCAGUUUCUCAUGAAAAUAUCAUCAGUUUUAGAAAGUUUGAGUCCUCACAUUGUAAAUAUCGCAUUUCUUUUCUUCAAUAAAACAAAAAGUCCCAGAAUCAAUAACAAUGGAACCAUUGCCAGAAAUAGUCGCAGCGUGAAAGAAAGUGCUCAAAUCCAUCAUCUCACCAAUACUUUCUCUCUCUACAAAAACUUCUCUCUCUCUCUAAAAGGCAAAAGCCCCUUGGCGUAAAUCUUCCACUUCUAUGGCGAACAGCAACCUCCCUCGAAGAAUUAUCAAGGAAACCCAGCGCUUACUUAGCGAACCAGCACCGGGAAUAAGCGCAUCGCCAUCAGAAGAUAAUAUGCGGUAUUUCAAUGUCAUGAUUCUUGGCCCAUCACAGUCUCCUUAUGAAGGAGGAGUCUUCAAGCUGGAGUUAUUUCUGCCUGAGGAAUACCCAAUGGCUGCGCCUAAGGUUCGAUUCCUUACAAAAAUCUAUCAUCCAAAUAUUGAUAAACUUGGAAGAAUAUGUCUUGAUAUUCUAAAAGACAAAUGGAGUCCUGCUCUUCAGAUUCGCACAGUGCUCUUGAGUAUUCAAGCACUUUUAAGUGCUCCAAAUCCAGAUGAUCCGCUUUCAGAGAACAUUGCAAAACACUGGAAAUCAAAUGAAGCAGAAGCUGUGGAAACAGCAAAGGAGUGGACGCGUUUGUAUGCAAGUGGGGCCUAGCGGAUGUAUUUUGUUCGGGAUUCUGAAAAUAAAAAAAAAAAAAUUAUUUUCAUUACAAAUUUAAAAUAUAUAUUCUCCAUGUAUUGAAUAUAUGAUGUAUCUUUAUAUCAAGGAUUUAAUGAAGAGAUGUUUACUUGGAUUGGUUAUUAUUUUCCGCAAAUGAUUUUGUUUUGUUUUGUUUUGUUUUAUUUUUAUUGAAAGAAAAGGUGGAUGUAUUUUGGUAA